UGAUCGAGCGCAUAUAUCAGACUGCGUGUUCUGGGUUCAAGGCGUGUACUCCAGCGACAUCCGUUGACUAUGGCUUUUCCUGUGCCCACCCACCUACCUCGCAAAAAGGAUGCCCGCGACGUUGCCACCCGAAUACUCACAAAGGUCUCGGAAACACCGCUGAAGGCUCUGAGCGCGAGUGUUGCAUCGUCAUGGGUAGCAGAGUUGGAUGACACAAUCGGGCUCACGAAGACCCAAAUACAUGAACGUAUAUCCAGCAACUUGCCAGACUUUGAGCGACAACUCGCUACGUCUGUGUCAGUCCAGGAACGACUCCGCUCGCUCUCCCACAACGUCGAUGGGCUUCAAGACAGCAUAUCCAACCCACAUUCAGGCUUGAUCCCCAACCUCCUCAAUUCCCUCAUGAGCCACGCCAAAGUCGCGCAAGAGACUGCGGAUGCACGCGCCCAGCACGCGGCACUCAGCCACUUGCUUCACUGUAGGAACGAACUCAGGCGGCUUACGCGGUUUGUGGAGAAGGCAGAACUUGCGGAUGCCACGACGGCGUGCGCUUCGUUGGCAAGGCUGUUCGCGGACGCUCCAGAACCGCUUGUGAGGAGCGAGGUUAUGGCAGACAUGAAGCGCAAAUGCACGGCCUUGCGAAGUCGUACAGAGGAGCAACUCCUCGACGCCUAUUCACGCAGCAUCGUCGUUUCGGAGGCUGGAUUUAUAGUGAGACCCUCGGUUCAAGCCGUACUACCGCGCCAAUUGCAUAAUGGGACAUGGACACAGUCCAUGAUCCCUAGUGACAGCAUCGACACUACCAUCGAGCUCCCGGCACUCCUUGCGGCCAUAUCUCCUGCAACGCUCUUCACAAGCCUGGCAACCCUGAGGCGCGACAUCUCACAUUGCGUCGAAUACGUCUUGAAGCAGCCAAUGCAAAUCUACGACACCACUAUCCAGGACAUCACAGGUGUCAUCGAGUACAAGUUGUCCCUUCAGCGUGCUGCCCCUGGAAGUGAAGACCCCACCCUCCGCUUGUCUAAUCUCACUAGCAUCAUGACCUUCCUCAACGAACAUCUUUUUUCAAAUUUCCCCCCGGCAGAGCGUAAAUCCUUCGUGCUCUCCCUGGCUACCCCUGUGCGCACGGCUAUUCUGAACCUCCUACUCCUGCCGAACCUACCGUCCUCCCUGUCGAAGCUCCCAGACUUCCUAAAGCUUACGCAAAACGCUGUGGAGGCUGAGGAGGAGAUUAUCGUCAGCCUGCUUGGGGAUAGCAGUGCGGAUCGCGGCAUCAAGACGUGGGUUGAUUGGGUCGGCCAGCACUACGAGCGGCAGAGGCGGGCGGACAUCCUCGACAAGGCUCGCGCAAUCGUCGUUACGCCCGCGGACGACAGCACCGCGUUCCGGGCCGAAGUCCCGCUGGUUGCGGAAGAUCGACCUAUCCCUGUGAAAGAGGACGAGCCUGUGGCUGUCAACGGUAAGGAACAGUCGAAGGAGCCGGCUCCAGCAGAAGCCGAGGAUGCCUCGGCAUGGGACUUCGAGGACGAGAGCGACACUCCCAAUCAGAGCGAGGACGCGUCUACAGACGACUGGGGCUUUGACGACGACGUACCGGAGCCGGAACCCGAGCACGUGGUGGAAGCUCCGGAGCCAUCUGAGCCGGAGCCUGCAGAGGAACUGAUUGAGGAGGACGACCCUUGGGGCUGGAAUGGCGACGCAGAGCCUGCGAAGGCGGAGGAUGAUUCAGUGUGGGACGAUGCUUGGGACGAGAAACCGGCUGCGCCUGCUCCCCCAACCGCGCCUGUACCUCCAAGCCCGGCUCCUCGGCAGGCGAUGGGGCUGGCAAAGAAGCUAGGGGCCAAGAGCAAUCCGCAAUCGCCUGCUUUACCACCGCCGAGUUUCGCCACUCCCCCGCCCGCACCAGCGCCCGCGCCGCAACCCGCUCCUUUCGCGGCAAAGAACCCUCCAUUAGCGCGUCGUCCACUUAAACAUGUGCAACUCACUGAGUCCUAUGUCGUCUCCGGCAGAAUGAAGGAGCUUCUCCAGCUCCUCGAGGACAUCCUCCAUGAAAGCGCCGAACUGGUGUUCUCCGGUAUACUCAACGCCACCGCGUCAGGUUCCCCAGGGAACACGAUCGUACAGGCAGCCCCAAUGGCGCUCGAGCUCUUUCGUGCACUAGUGCCUGUGACGAACGCUGCACUAUUGAAGCAAUCGCCAAAGGAACCGAUGAAGUUCUCCAAUGACUGUCUGUACGCUAGCCAGGAACUGAGGCGAAUCGUGGCGGGCUUGAGCGGGCCGAAGGCGGCGGCGAGGGACAAGCUCGAGGAGGCAGUGGAGAGGCUGAAGGUUCUUGGGGAGAGCUGGUUCGAGGACGCUAUCGCGAGGGAAGAGAGGCUGAUCGAUGAGAUGCUGGACAAGGCGUCUGGAUUCAUGGAUACGACCCAGCAGGAACGGUACGACGAGUGCGAGGAGGCUAUCAAUGAUGUCUUGCAGCGCAUCCGGAGAGUCGCGCCGCAGUGGAAGGCGGUCUUGACAAAGAGCAGGUAUUAUGACGCUCUGGGCUCAAUCGUUGAGGCGGCGCUGGCCCGCAUCCUUGGGGACGUCCUGGCGCUGGAGGAUAUCACGGAGACCGAAUCGCAUCGACUGAGCGAACUUUGUCGGAUUCUGAAUGCGCUGGAGGGGCAGUUCGUGGAGGACCCCGACCAGCCCUCGUUCGUGGUGUCAUACGUCUCCUCGUGGCUCAAGUUCUCGUAUUUGUCCGAGUUGCUAGAGGCUUCGAUCGCAGACAUCUCGUAUUUGUUUGAGGAGGGGGCGCUGGUGGACUUUGAGAUCAACGAACUGGUGAAGCUGGUGAAGGCGCUGUUCGCUGAGACGCCGCUGAGGGCGAGCACGAUCAAUAAGUUACAGCAGGGUCACCCUGUGCGCUAAUUAUCGUCGUCGUACUUCUUUCUCGCCAGAGGUGGCACGCGGCAUGAGGCUUCCUGUUCUAUGCUUUCAUACACACCUACCUCUCCCAUUUCUGUCACAGGCGACCAUCUUGUAUUACCCAGUACUUUCCGUCAGUACAUUGUCAGAG